AUGGAAAUCAACAAAAUUAAUAACAUUGAGUACAAUUUUCCUGACCUCGACGAAGAAUUAAAUGAUUAUGAGGGUGAACCAGGAAAAAUUUCUGGUAUCAACUUUGACACGCUCGAUUAUAAGGAAAGCAAAAAAGAAAAUUCUACGGAAGCCGAAAAGAAGAGUGGAAGAGUUACAAAGAAAAGACGCGUUUUACCUAAAAUAGAUUCCGAAAAACUAGAUGUUAUAUUUCAGUCUGAAAAUAUAUGUAAAGAAAAAAGACUGAAACAUUAUUUGGACGUUUGGCGUGAAGAAGCUAAGAAUAAACAAAGUGAAACAGAUGAUUAUUUGUCAGGUAAAACCUUGGCGGAUGAUGAAGAAUCAGUGUUUUGGCAGACACCUUCUCAAUCAGCUUCUCAGGGUAAAAGAAACAAGAGAUUUUCAAGCUUCGAAGAUAAACUAAAAGAAGGUUCGGCAGGCCAAUAUCGCGAAGAGGAAUCAGAUGACGAUGAACUAACGUUGGUGAAUCAAUCCCAUGAUGAAUUUUUUGAAUUAUUUGAUGCAGCUAUACCCGGAAGGAAUUUAUAA